UUGAGCCCGAGUGCGCUGCCUAACUGCGAAGUACCGCCGCCGUGCCCGCCCCGGCGUGGGCACCCUGUCCUGCACAGGUCUGUCGCUUCUUCCUGCUGUCUCUGAGAGCAGUUCAGGCCUGGGGUCCCGCCAUUCGGCCCCUGCCUGCAGCUGCCAAGCUCCUCUGGGCAUCUGCUGGGCUCACCUGCCUCUGCCCCAGCCCCUCUCGCGUCCGCUCCCCAACCCCGGAGCUGCAUCCCUUUGCCUCUGUCUCGGAGACUCGGAGGCCUCCCGGUGUGCCUGAGUCAGAGACACGCGUGGUCUGGCACCCGGCCUGAAGCUGACAGCAUGGAGCCCCUCUCUCUGGCCUCCACACCAAGCUGGAAUGCCUCGGCUGCUUCCAGUGGUAACCAUAACUGGUCACUGGUGGGCUCAGCAUCGCCAAUGGGAGCCCGGGCAGUAUUAGUGCCUGUGCUCUACCUGUUGGUGUGCACCGUGGGACUGAGUGGAAAUACACUGGUCAUUUAUGUGGUGCUGCGGCACGCCAAGAUGAAGACAGUUACUAACGUGUACAUCCUGAACCUGGCCGUGGCUGACGUAUUAUUUAUGUUGGGACUUCCUUUCCUGGCCACGCAGAACGCCGUCUCCUACUGGCCCUUCGGCUCCUUCUUGUGCCGCCUGGUCAUGACACUGGAUGGCAUCAACCAGUUCACCAGUAUCUUCUGCCUGAUGGUCAUGAGUGUUGACCGCUACCUGGCCGUGGUCCACCCUCUCCGCUCAGCCCGGUGGCGUCGCCCACGGGUAGCCAAGAUGGCCAGCGCGGCCGUCUGGGUCUUUUCGCUGCUCAUGUCUCUGCCGCUCUUGGUCUUCGCGGAUGUCCAGGAGGGCUGGGGCACCUGCAACCUGAGCUGGCCAGAGCCUGUGGGGCUGUGGGGUGCAGCCUUCAUCACCUACACGUCUGUGUUGGGCUUCUUUGGGCCCCUGCUGGUCAUCUGCUUGUGCUACCUGCUCAUUGUGGUCAAGGUGAAGGCUGCAGGCAUGCGCGUAGGCUCCUCAAGGCGGAGGCGCUCGGAGCGCAAGGUGACUCGCAUGGUGGUGGUCGUGGUGCUGGUGUUUGUGGGCUGCUGGCUGCCUUUCUUCAUUGUCAACAUCGUCAACCUGGCCUUCACACUGCCCGAGGAACCCACAUCUGCCGGCCUCUAUUUCUUUGUGGUGGUCCUAUCUUAUGCCAAUAGCUGUGCCAACCCCCUGCUCUACGGCUUUCUCUCGGACAACUUCCGCCAGAGCUUCCGGAAGGUUCUGUGCCUACGUAGAGGAUACGGUAUGGAGGAUGCGGACGCCAUAGAGCCACGGCCAGACAAGAGUGGGCGGCCUCAGGCCACACUGCCCACACGCAGCUGCGAGGCCAAUGGGCUCAUGCAGACCAGCAGGAUUUGAAUGCCCCUGUAACACCCUGGGGGUCCUCCAGGCCUCCACGGUGUUGUCUUCUGGGAUCUGAGAGUUUGCUGAGAUGCAUUCACCCCCAGGCCUACAAGUUGGACUCCUCUCGGUGGCAGUGUGAAGACAGCUGUGUGUGGCUUAAGCCAUGGGCAGACGUAGCACAGCAGGUGUCUUCCCGUGGUGACUGACCAUCUCUCUCACCAAAAUGUUCUGCCAGACCAGGGGUGAGAGUUUGGAGACCACAUGACUGACUUAGCAGGGAGAAAGGGCUGGAUUUUGCCCCUGGAAAUAUUCAGGCACCUCCACCCCUGCUGUGGCAUAAUUCUUGUCAGUCUCUCAAGGCCAAGAAGUGAUUUUCCAAGAGGGAGUCAAGAGGUGAUUCUCUUGUAGACUAUUAGUGUGUGCUGGUAAUUACCCACCCUGAAGCUGUGCUGGGCUGCUAGCCCUCAGCCACCAAUCCAUGUUCUGGUCAGCAUGGAGGACAAAUGAAAGGUGUUCACGUGUGUUUAACCUCUGCGAUCCUGUAGCUGCAUGUACUUUGAGGCAACAGUUGCAACCAAGCUGCACUGGUCCUGGGACAGCAGAGAAGAAACCCUGGGACCCUAUUCUGGCUGCUCCCCAUCUUUCUCCAGCACAAGGAAAGCGAGGCCUUGGCCUUUAUGAUGGGAGUGGGUUGGUGGGGCAGACACAUGGUGAAGAGUGGGAAGAGGAGGGGACACACUAGAAUCUGGCCCAGUUAGGGUGACCCUGGGAAAAGGUUCUACUGAGGCUUAGAGACUAGGAGAACGCACUGGGGACUUAACAGCCCUCUAUCUCUUUAAGGUUGGGGCUCUGUCCCUGGAGAGGGAGCAAGGCAAGCAGGUAGCAGGCAGGAACUGCUCCCAGCACAAACAGCAGAGCCUGGAAAGACCUACCCUGUGAGAGAGUGCAAAUACCAGUGCCAGAGAGGGCCAAGCCCCUGGUGAAUCUGUGAUCCCUCCUCAGACGCUUCCAGCAGCUUCUCUACUCCAGACCCAGAAUGUGCUCAGAGCUCCCAUAUCCUCAUUUUGCCAUGGUGUCCCCAGGGCUGGAGAAGGAUGUUAAUCCCACUUUUCUUCUGCUCUGGGUUGCCCUCCCUGGCAUGCCUGGCUCCCUGAGAGGGUGCAGAGGCCAGGCCAGCAGGACUGAGCAGAGAGAAGGUUGUGGGAGCUGCUGUGUCUCAAGUGCGACCCCUCCCUAGGCAGAGGCCAACCCUGGAAGCUCAGCCCUCAAAAUGAGGGCCCUCCUGUUCGACAGCCUGCCUCUGAAUAAAUUAGGAAAUAAACUGUCA